ACGGGACACGAACAUUGGCUCACCCAUAAUUUAAUAAUAUUUAAUAAAACUCACAUGAAACACUUACAAGCGGCUGUGUGUGUUACUUUGCUGUCUCUCGCACUACAGUGACAGACGGAGGUUUUUGUUCCCUUGGAGUCGCCGUAGCUGGCGCUCGCGCAGUUUCCGCCCCCCUGCAACCUGAGCAGGAAGUGAGCGGAGCCAACUGACACUAAACUAUCAAAACAAACCUACAGCAUCGUUUUUUAAAACGUGCAGCAUCCCCUGCAGCUGACGGAUCCUAUCACCAUCAUCAUGGACGGUGUACCGACGCCUCUGCGGUGCUUCAAUGAGUAUCAUUCCGCAGAAAUGCUGGUGGAUGACGGGGUGGAGACGGUGACUUCAGUGGAGCAGAAAAAGGUGGAACGCAGCAUUAAAGAAGUCGUCAGUGUUUACAAGCAAAUGCACAGCUUACCACAGCCAACGUUGCUGCGGGAACAACACUACCAAUAUCUCAAGAAGGGCUUACGUCACUUAUCAGAUGCUUAUGAGUGUCUGGAUGCCAGCAGACCGUGGCUGUGCUUCUGGAUUCUUCACAGUCUGGAGUUACUGGAGGAGCCCAUUCCUACUGCUGUCGCCUCAGAUGUGUGUCAGUUUCUGUCUCGCUGUCAGAGCCCGACGGGGGGGUUCUCCGGGGGUCCGGGCCAACACGCCCACCUGGCCCCGACCUACGCUGCGGUCAACGCCCUCUGCAUCAUCGGCACAGAGGAGUCCUACAACAUUAUAGACAGGAAGAAGCUCUUAGAUUUCCUACUGUCAGUGAAGCAGCCAAAUGGCUCGUUUGUGAUGCACGUUGGAGGAGAGGUGGAUAUCAGGAGUGCGUAUUGUGCAGCUUCUGUAGCGACGCUCACAAACAUCCUCACACCCAAACUGUUCGAGGACACGGCCACCUGGAUCCUCAGUUGUCAGAACUGGGAGGGGGGUCUGAGUGGGGUCCCGGGGUUGGAGGCUCACGGCGGGUACACCUUCUGCGGCACGGCGGCCCUCGUCAUCCUGGGAAAAGAACAUAUGCUGGAUCUUAAAGCAUUGCUGCGGUGGGUGGUGAGCAGACAGAUGAGAUUUGAGGGGGGGUUUCAGGGCCGCAGCAACAAGCUGGUGGACGGCUGUUACUCUUUCUGGCAGGCUGGACUCCUGCCGCUGCUGCACAGAGCCUUGUUCAAAGAAGGAGAGUCGGAGCUGAGUCGGCAGCGCUGGAUGUUCGAGCAGCAGGCCCUGCAGGAGUACAUCCUGCUCUGCUGUCAGAACCCCGGGGGGGGGCUGGUGGAUAAACCGGGCAAAUCCAGAGACUUUUACCACACGUGUUACUGCCUGAGCGGGCUCUCCAUAGCGCAGCACUUUGGGAACAUGGACCUCCACCACGAGAUGAUCCUCGGCGAGGAGGAGAACAGAUUGGCUCCCACUCAUCCAGUUUACAACAUUUGUCCAGAGAAGGUUUCCAAAGCCCUGCAGCACUUCCACCAGCUGCCACUUCCCGAUGACAGCAGACAGGCCGGCCCCCCUGCUCCAGACCACCUUCAGUCCUAGCCCCUCCUCCUCAGUGGUGACGUCACUGUGUGUGAGCUCUGGGGAUCGAACCAGCACUCCGGUCUGACGGACGGUCGAUCCUCAGCAGGGCCGAGCGCUGGAGUUUAGGAGGAGUUUCCUGAGUGAAGCUCCAGUUUAGCCUUCAGAUGAUGCUUCGCUUGCAAUGCCUAAUGUUUUCAUUCUUUGAAAUAAAAGUGGAACUUGGUGUCAGUAUGACCCGAGUUAAUGAAACUUUA